AUGGCAUUGUAUGUUAGCGGAGAAGGUGGUACAGGAAAAAGUUUUCUAAUCAAUGUAAUUAAACGUUGGAUUAGAGAAGAAUUGAAUCUAGAAACGGUUGUAACAGCCCCUACUGGUAUUGCUGCUUUCAAUAUCAAUGGAUUGACUAUACAUCGAGUAUUUCAAUUGCCUGUCGAACACGGCUUCACACCAUCUUAUACGCAAUUAUCUGACAAUGUUCUAAAAGCAUUACGUGAUCAGUUACAAAACACAACGCUAUUUAUCAUUGAUGAGAUAUCAAUGGUCUCAAAUAUUACUCUGAUAUAUAUACAUUUAAGACUAGUAGAAAUUUUUGAUAUCGAUGAUUGGUUCGGAGGUAAACAUGUUGUUGUUUUUGGAGAUUUACUCCAACUCCCUCCUGUACAUGAAAAUCCAACUUAUGUCACAUUAUCAUCUGAAGAUGCUGAGAAGUAUGUUGGGUCAUUGUGUAGUGUUAAGUUAUGGACCGACUUAUUCUGUUAUGAAGAACUAAGAAUUAAUAUGAGACAAAAAACUGAUAAUAUUUAUGGUCAGCUGCUCUCUCGAGUACGAGUUGCUUCUAUGACUAAUGACGACAUCAAAUUAUUAGAGCAAAGAAAAAUUACUAUUGAUCCGUCUCUUUCGUAUGAUGAAAAAUUACAUGAAAUAUGUAAUUACAUUGAGAAAUUGCCGUCAGAUUCAGUCUGUUUGGUACCUACUUGUAAGCAAUGUGAUUUAAUAAAUUCAGUUAUGACGAGUAAAAUUUCUUCUGAAGAAAUUAUACUAACGGCUCGUGACCACUUAGAUUGCUAUAAAUCGUUGAUCAAAAAAGUAUCUGACACUUUAAAUAAAAUAGAAGACAAUGCUAGUCAAUCAGCUGGACUUGCUAAAACUAUAACAAUAAAAAUUGGUGCGAAAGUUAUGUUACGUCAAAAUAUUGAUGUUACUCUUGGUCUAGUAAAUGGUGCUAUAGGAACAGUUAAAUCAGUUUCCAAGUCGAUUGAUGGGAGUGAAAUACAAGCUAUCAAUAUAGACUUUGGUGCAGAUACCGAAUACGCUAUUGAGAAGAUUAAAGUCAAAUUUCAAUUAUUUGAAAGAGCUUUUGUUGUAAGAGAACAUUUUCCAUUAUGCUUGAGUUAUGCAGUGACUAUUCAUAAGAGUCAAGGCUUAAGUCUAAAAAAUGCUAUCAUUGAAGCGAGGAACACCAUUUUUAAUGUUGGUCAAAUUUAUGUAGCUCUAUCUCGUGUAACAGAGUUACGUGGAUUACAUUUAAUCAAUUUUGAUCCUCAUUUCAUUAAAGCAAGCUCUUCAGCAAUUAAAGAAUAUAAUCGUUUAAGAAAAAUUUAUCGGUCUGAUUUACCUACUAUACCAAUUCCUGAUACACGGUGGCAAAAAGUUUGGGACAUGAUUUGGGCAGUUGAAAAACAUUCUAUUCAAAUUGAACCCAAAAAUGCGAAAAAAGCUUCUCUUAAUUUAUUAGAAUUUCGAGUUCAUGUCGAAAAAAAGCUUCAGGAGUUAGUGAAGCAACAAACAAAUGCUCGUAAUGAUCCUAGUGCUGAUGUAAGUGACCGUGAAGACAACUAUAGUGACAAUAAUGACAACAAUGAUCAGGCUGAUAAUGAUAGUAAUACAACUGCCACGGAUCUCCCAUUAUCCUUAUCAUUCCGUAAGUUUUUUUAA